GGCGUGAGGGCGGGCGGUGCGAAUUGGGGCCGCAGCGCAUGCGCAGAGAGCGCGUACGGCGGCCGAGCGGGGCCGUGCCGCCCUCGCCUUUUGUGCGGCGGGAGCGCAGCAGGACCCUGAGGUGGAUCCAGGCCCUUAGAAGGUUCUGUACCAAAGGAGCUGUGCCCCCGGUGCAUCCAGCCCAGCCCAGCAGCAUGGGCUCCAAGCAGAUCGCCCAGGAGACGUUUGAUGAUGCAGUGCAGGAGAACAUCACCGAGUUCGAGAUGGAGCCCGAGGAGGCUGUGAGAGAAGCUGUGCAGCAGUUUGAGGCCCAAGGUGUGGACCUGAGCAAUAUUGUGAAAGCUGUGCGACCUCCUGCCUCUGAGAACGGGCAGAGGCAAAAGCAUCAAAUCCUGCUGAGCCUGGAGUGCCUGGGCAGGGCGGUGGCAGAGCAGGACGUGGCGCAGCUGCCCCAGCAGCUGGCGGCCUUGGCGGCGCAGUGCAAGGAGCAGUUCGCCUUCCGCCACCUGGCCGGCCAGAGCGGCGCCUACCCCGCCGUGCUCGCCGCCUGCCAGCUGGCUGCAGCAGACAGGGAUCUGCUGCUGCAGGCCCUCUGCACGCUGGGCGCCCUGCUGGAGGGGCAGCCGGAGCUGCUGGACGCCGCGGGGCGGGAGCUGCUGCUGCGCAGCCUGCGGGAGCGGCGCGGCGACGCCGAGCUGGCGCUGGCCGGGAUCCGCUGCGUGCGCCACGCCUGCCUCAAGCACGAGCACAACAGGCAGGCCUUCGUCAGGGCCGGCGUCCUGCCUCUCCUCACCGGGGCCAUCAGCCAGCGCGGCGGCAGUGCCGAGCUGGUCAGGGUGGCAGCCUCGGCCCUCAGGGUCAUGACGUUCGACGAUGACAUCCGUGUGCCCUUCGGCCACGCGCACGACCACGCCAAGAUGAUCGUGCUGGAGAACGAUGGGCUGAGAGUCCUCAUUGAGGCUGCAAAAGCCUUCAGGGAUAACUCGGGGGUUCUCAGCGAGCUCUGUGCCACCCUCUCUCGCCUCUCAGUCAGGAAUGAGUUCUGCCAGGAAAUCGUGGACCUUGGGGGCUUGAAUUUCAUGGUGACUCUGCUGGCUGACUGCAUGGAGCACCCGGACGUGGUGAAGCAGGUGCUCAGCGCCAUCCGCGCCGUGGCCGGCAACGACGACGUCAAGGACGCCAUCGUGGACGCCGGGGCCACCGACCUCAUCGUGCUGGCCAUCAGCCAGCACCUGGGCAACCCUCAGAUCUGUGAGCAGGGCUGUGCUGCCCUGUGCAUGCUGGCCCUGCGCAAGCCCGAGAACUGCAGCGUCAUCGUGGAGGGCGGCGGGGCCCUGGCAGCCCUGCAGGCCAUGAAGGCUCACCCCCGAGAGGUGCCUGUGCAGAAGCAGGCGUGCAUGCUGAUCCGGAACCUGGUGGCGCGCCGGCGGGAGCUGUGCGGGCCCAUCCUGGCGCUGGGCGCCGAGGCGCUGAUCGCCGAGGCGCGCGCCGCGCACCGCGACUGCGACGACGUGGCCAGGGCUGCCCUCAGGGACCUGGGCUGCCGCGUGGAGCUGCGCGAGCUCUGGACGGGCCAGAAGGGCAGCCUGCCUCAGUGAGGAAGACUCCUUGCAGCCAGCAGGGACGCGUCCCAGCCCCCGGAGGCUGUGGGGAGCGGCGUGGAUGGUUCUGCCCGCGCCCGGCUGGAGCACCCGGAGCGAACUGGGAAGCAAACUUCCUGGCCUGGGAAGGCUGCAGGGAGCUUUUGUCUGGGGAGCUGCAGCUGAAACGGCUUUCUGCAUUCACAGCCUGCAAACAACUCUGUGUAGUGAUCGUUCCCUGGAUCGUCUCAUGGCUGAGGAUGGGCUGCUGCCCCUGGCAGGCAGGAGGAGCUGCUCUCACUGCUCUCACUGCGCUGCCCACAUGUGGCUGCUGGGCCCCCUUUGUGCCCCUGUCAGGGCCUGGCUGAGGAGGAAUCCCAGCAUUUGUCAGUGUGCUCUCUCUGUCCCACUGCCCUGUUCUUUUACUGCUGACCCCACUCUUGUGUCACUGCUUUGUUUGGGAGUUUUCUGCCAGCGUAAUGUUUUAAACAAAAAGAAAAAAAACACCAAAAAAAGGAAAAAAGAAACAAGAAAAAAGAGCAAAGUAAGGAUUUGGGAUAAUAUCCAAAGGAACUGUUGGCAUCCAGGAGGAAAGUUCAUGUUCUCCCUCAGUGAGAGGGGCAGGGCAGCGGGGUGGGAAUGCCAAAGUGUGGCCAGGCGGGCGCUGGUGCCACCGGGAGUGCCAGCCUUUGUCACCUCUCAGCACUGCCCUGGCCCAGGAAUGCUUUCAUUGCAGCGAGCGGGCCAAGAGCUGCACGGACUGGGGCAGAACUGAGGCUUUGUUGGGUCGGGGGGCAGAGCCGGCCCCAGCAGGGCUCUGCAGUCUCAGCUGAAGGCUUUCCUGGCAGCCCUGCUCUGGUGCUGGGCCUGGCUGUGUGAGUGGAUGUUUCUAAUGUGAUACUCUGUGGAAAUGGUGACCUUAUAAAACAAACCUUGCAGGGC